CCCGGCCUGCACUGCGAUAUUUCCCGCGCGGGGUACCUCAGUUCUCCUACGCCGCGCCGCCGCGGCCGCCGCCAUGGGGUUCCUGAAACUGAUUGAGAUCGAGAACUUUAAGUCGUACAAGGGUCGACAGAUUAUCGGACCAUUUCAGAGGUUCACCGCCAUCAUUGGACCCAAUGGCUCUGGUAAGUCAAAUCUCAUGGAUGCCAUCAGCUUUGUACUAGGAGAAAAAACCAGCAACCUUCGAGUAAAGACCCUACGGGAUCUGAUUCAUGGUGCUCCUGUGGGCAAGCCAGCUGCCAAUCGGGCCUUUGUCAGCAUGGUCUAUUCUGAGGAAGGUGCUGAAGAUCGCACCUUUGCCCGUGUCAUUGUAGGAGGUUCUUCUGAAUACAAGAUCAACAACAAAGUGGUCCAACUACAUGAAUACAGUGAAGAGUUAGAGAAGUUGGGCAUUCUCAUCAAAGCUCGUAACUUCCUCGUCUUCCAGGGUGCUGUGGAGUCUAUUGCCAUGAAGAACCCCAAGGAGAGGACAGCUCUAUUUGAAGAGAUUAGUCGCUCUGGGGAGCUGGCACAGGAGUAUGAUAAGCGAAAGAAGGAAAUGGUAAAGGCUGAAGAAGAUACACAAUUUAAUUAUCAUCGUAAGAAAAAUAUUGCAGCUGAACGUAAGGAGGCCAAACAGGAGAAAGAAGAGGCAGAUCGUUACCAGCGCCUGAAGGACGAGGUGGUACGUGCUCAAGUACAGUUGCAGCUCUUCAAGCUUUACCAUAAUGAAGUAGAAAUUGAAAAACUCAAUAAGGAACUGGCUUCUAAGAACAAAGAGAUUGAGAAGGACAAGAAACGGAUGGACAAAGUAGAGGAUGAGCUGAAGGAGAAGAAGAAAGAGCUGGGCAAAAUGAUGCGGGAGCAGCAGCAGAUUGAGAAGGAGAUCAAGGAGAAGGAUUCAGAGCUGAAUCAGAAGCGACCUCAGUACAUCAAAGCUAAGGAGAAUACCUCCCACAAGAUUAAAAAGCUGGAAGCAGCGAAAAAAUCUCUUCAGAAUGCUCAGAAGCACUAUAAGAAGCGUAAAGGUGAUAUGGAUGAGCUGGAGAAGGAGAUGUUAUCUGUGGAGAAGGCCCGACAGGAGUUUGAAGAACGGAUGGAAGAGGAGAGUCAGAGUCAGGGCAGAGACUUGACCCUGGAAGAGAACCAGGUGAAGAAAUACCAUCGGUUGAAAGAAGAAGCCAGCAAGAGAGCAGCUACUUUGGCCCAAGAGCUAGAGAAGUUCAAUAGAGACCAGAAAGCUGAUCAGGACCGUCUGGAUCUAGAAGAGCGGAAGAAAGUAGAAACAGAGGCCAAGAUCAAGCAAAAGCUUCGAGAGAUUGAAGAGAAUCAGAAACGGAUUGAGAAGCUGGAAGAAUACAUUACGACCAGCAAGCAAUCCCUAGAGGAGCAGAAGAAGUUAGAGGGAGAACUGACAGAGGAAGUAGAGAUGGCCAAACGGCGUAUUGAUGAGAUCAAUAAGGAACUAAAUCAGGUGAUGGAGCAGUUGGGAGAUGCCCGUAUUGACCGCCAGGAGAGCAGUCGCCAGCAGCGAAAGGCAGAGAUAAUGGAAAGCAUCAAGCGCCUUUACCCUGGCUCUGUGUAUGGCCGCCUCAUUGACCUCUGCCAGCCCACACAAAAGAAAUACCAGAUAGCGGUGACAAAGGUUUUGGGCAAGAACAUGGAUGCCAUUAUUGUAGAUUCCGAGAAAACAGGCCGAGACUGUAUUCAGUAUAUCAAGGAGCAGCGUGGGGAGCCUGAGACCUUCUUGCCUCUUGACUACCUAGAGGUGAAACCUACAGAUGAGAAACUUCGGGAGCUCAAGGGAGCCAAGCUAGUGAUUGAUGUGAUCCGCUAUGAGCCACCUCAUAUUAAAAAAGCCCUGCAGUAUGCUUGUGGCAAUGCCCUUGUCUGUGACAAUGUGGAAGAUGCCCGUCGGAUUGCCUUUGGAGGCCACCAGCGCCACAAGACGGUGGCACUCGAUGGGACCCUGUUCCAGAAGUCAGGAGUCAUCUCUGGUGGGGCCAGUGACCUGAAGGCCAAGGCAAGGCGCUGGGAUGAGAAAGCAGUGGACAAGUUGAAAGAAAAGAAGGAACGUUUGACAGAGGAGCUGAAAGAACAGAUGAAAGCAAAGAGGAAAGAGGCAGAGCUGCGUCAGGUGCAGUCUCAGGCCCAUGGACUGCAGAUGCGACUCAAGUACUCACAGAGUGACCUGGAACAGACUAAGACAAGACAUCUGGCCCUAAAUCUCCAGGAAAAGUCUAAGCUGGAGAGUGAGCUGGCCAACUUUGGGCCUCGCAUUAAUGAUAUCAAGAGAAUCAUUCAAAGCCGCGAGAGAGAAAUGAAGGACUUGAAGGAGAAGAUGAACCAGGUAGAAGAUGAGGUGUUUGAAGAGUUUUGUCGGGAGAUUGGUGUGCGCAACAUCCGGGAGUUUGAAGAAGAGAAGGUGAAGCGGCAGAAUGAAAUUGCCAAGAAGCGUUUGGAGUUUGAAAAUCAGAAGACUCGCUUGGGCAUCCAGUUGGAUUUUGAAAAGAACCAAUUGAAGGAGGACCAGGAUAAAGUACACAUGUGGGAACAGACAGUGAAGAAGGAUGAAAAUGAGAUAGAAAAGCUCAAGAAGGAAGAACAAAGACAUAUGAAGAUCAUAGAUGAGACCAUGGCCCAGCUACAAGAUCUGAAGAAUCAGCACCUGGCCAAGAAGUCUGAAGUGAAUGACAAGAACCAUGAAAUGGAGGAGAUUCGUAAGAAACUGGGUGGUGCCAAUAAGGAAAUGACCCAUUUACAGAAGGAGGUGACAGCCAUUGAGACUAAGCUGGAACAGAAGCGCAGUGACCGCCACAACUUGCUACAGGCCUGCAAGAUGCAAGACAUCAAGUUGCCACUGUCAAAGGGCACCAUGGAUGAUAUCAGUCAAGAAGAGGGUGGCUCCCAGGGAGAGGAUUCAGUAAGUGGCUCCCAGAGAACUUCCAAUAUCUAUGCACGAGAGGCCCUCAUUGAAAUUGACUAUGGCGACCUGUGUGAGGAUCUCAAGGAUGCACAGGCCGAGGAAGAGAUCAAGCAGGAGAUGAACACAUUACAACAGAAGCUAAAUGAGCAGCAGAGUGUACUUCAGCGUAUUGCUGCUCCCAACAUGAAGGCCAUGGAAAAGCUGGAAAGUGUUCGUGACAAGUUCCAGGAGACUUCAGAUGAGUUUGAGGCAGCACGAAAGCGAGCAAAGAAGGCCAAGCAGGCGUUUGAACAGAUUAAGAAGGAGCGUUUUGACCGUUUCAAUGCCUGUUUUGAAUCUGUGGCUACCAACAUUGAUGAGAUCUAUAAGGCUCUGUCCCGCAAUAGCAGUGCCCAGGCAUUCCUGGGCCCUGAGAACCCUGAAGAGCCCUACUUGGAUGGCAUCAACUACAAUUGUGUGGCUCCUGGCAAACGCUUUCGGCCUAUGGAUAACUUGUCAGGUGGCGAAAAGACAGUGGCAGCACUGGCCUUGCUGUUUGCCAUCCAUAGCUACAAGCCAGCCCCCUUCUUUGUCCUGGAUGAGAUUGAUGCUGCUUUGGAUAACACCAACAUCGGCAAGGUGGCAAAUUACAUCAAGGAGCAGUCAACUUGCAACUUCCAGGCCAUUGUCAUCUCCCUGAAGGAGGAAUUCUACACCAAGGCUGAAAGCCUCAUUGGAGUCUAUCCUGAGCAAGGGGACUGUGUGAUCAGCAAAGUCUUGACCUUCGACCUCACCAAGUACCCAGAUGCCAACCCCAACCCCAACGAGCAGUAACAGUACUGCCCUCUCACCCUAAAUGGAUCCCUAAGCCUCCCCCUCCCCAUCUCUGGAUAAUUUAGAUCCCAGAUCUUCCCUUCCCUCCUGGCCCCUUUGUUAUAGUCAUGGGAUUUAGGUACAGCUAUCAAACACGAAGAGGAACAGAGGUGAUGUUAGGUCUAUCUGGAGGCAAAUAUCCUGAGCUACAGGGAACAUCCUAGCUUCUGAAAGGAGGUGCUGAGCUGAGGUAGCCUAAGUUGAACAGGGCCAUCUGUCCAUCAUCCCAUCCUUUCCUGGACCUCUCCCUCUUUACCCAUCAUCAUAGAUCUCUUGGGCCCCUUGACCAUAGUGUGUGUGGCGGUGUAUAUGUGCGUGCGUGCGUGCGUGUGUGUGUGUGUGCGUGCGUGCGUACGUGCGUGUGUGUGUGUUUGCAAAAUAAGUCAUUUGAGACCUGUUUUAGAAGGAACCUAGGCUGAAUUUGAUUCAAAGAGAGCUUAGGAUGACAGCACCCCAGAUAUGGGCAAAGGUACUCAGGACCUCAUAAGAGUCUUAGGCAGGGGGCUGGGAAGGUAGCUCAGUGGUAGAGCGCUUGCCUUGCAUGCCUGAGGCCCUG